ACAACAUUCGCAGUUAAUCAUGUCAUUUUUUAAGUUUGUUAGUUCCCCCGGAAAAUGUCAAACGGGCACCGUUGGGAUGGAGGGAGUAUUACUUUAUUACUAGUCCCUUGACUCCUUAUGGAGGGAAAACACAGAUAACUAAUUUUUGAUGGUGUCUAUCACAACGGCUCUGCGCUGUUCAUGCUCCGUUUCCUUGCUUAAUUUCUUCCAUUUCCAGAGUCAAUUCGGGAAACUAGCUAGAUUAAGCAGCUCUGCAAUCUGUCAUUCUUUUGUUGAACUUAAUGGACAAGAUAAUAGUUUCCGAGCCUCGGAAAUUAAUCAACAAGAUAACAGUUAUCGUCCUAAUUCUCAAACUUAUAUGUGGCUCUUGGAAGGAUGGCUAAAUUCAGGUUCUGGGUCGUUAAUUGAUUGCAGAAAGCUUCAUGGGCUUAUACUGAAAUCGGGCUUUAUUGAGGAAAUUGAACUGUGUGGCCGACUUUUGGAUUUUUAUCUUGUCAAUGAUCGCUUAUGGGAUGCACACCAGCUGUUCGAUGAAAUGCUUGAAAGAGGUAUCAGUGUAUGUGUUUCUUCAUGGAAUACGAUUCUUUCUGGACUUGCAGGAAAGAAAUUGUCAAGGGAAGCACUGGGUUUGUUUUCGCGUAUGCUGAGGGAAAAUGUGGAUCCUGAUGAGUUGACGUUUAGUAAUGUGUUGAGGGCAUUUGGUGGAGGUGCAGGGGAAAAGAAUGAUAUUUGUUGUAUUCAGCAGAUUCAUGCUAAGAUUAUUCAAUAUGGUUUUGAUGGUAGUCGUUUUGUGUGUAAUCCAUUGAUCAACAUGUACUCAAAGAAUGGAAUGAUAGAUUCUGCAAAAUAUGUGUUUGAUAAUGUAGGUGAGAAGGAUAAUGUAUCCUGGGUUGCUAUGAUAUCUGGUUUAUCUCAGAACGGAAGGGAGGAACAAUCUAUUCGCCUAUUUUGUGAUGAGAUGCACACACAUGGUGUAUUACCCACACCUUAUGCUUUAUCAAGUCUUUUAAGUGCCUGCAGUAAGACAGAGAUGUUUGAGGUCGGUCAGGAGCUUCAUGGCCUUAUUUAUAAAUGGGGUUUUGCUUCUGAUGUUUUUGUUUGCAAUGCACUUGUGACACUUUAUUCUCGUUGGGGAGACAUGGUAUCUGCUGACAACAUUUUUGAGACGAUGAAGCACAAAGACAGAGUAUCGUAUAAUUCCCUUAUUUCAGGGCUUGCUCAGAAGGGACUUAGUGAUCAAGCUCUUCAUUUGCUACAGAAGAUGCAGCGUGAUUUUCUGAAACCUGACUGUGUUACAGUGGCAAGCCUUGUAAGUGCAUGUGCUACCAUUGGAGCUCUUGAUAAAGGAAGACAGCUUCAUUCAUAUGUGCUCAAGGCAGGAUUCUGCUCUGAUAUGCUAAUUGAAGGCUCUCUGCUUGACCUUUAUGUCAAAUGCUCUGAUAUCCAAACUGCACAUAAGUAUUUCCUUACAACUAAAAGAGAAAAUGUAGUCCUGUGGAAUGUAAUGCUUGUAGCUUAUGGGCAGGUCGGAAAUCUAAGUGAAGCAUAUCACAUAUUUACACAAAUGCAGAUGAAAGGCCUGGAACCCAAUCAGUAUACAUAUCCAAGCAUGCUUAGAACUUGUACUUCUCUGGGAGCACCAGAUUUGGGGGAACAAAUCCACACCCAAGUCAUUAAAACAGGAUUUCAGUUUAAUGAAUAUGUUUGCAGCGUGCUUAUAGAUAUGUAUGCUAAGCAAGGAUUCCUGGAUCCUGCUGAAAAGAUUUUCAGGAGACUCACUGAAAAUGAUGUGGUCUCUUGGACAGCUAUGAUUGCUGGAUAUGGGCAGCAUGAGAUGUAUGUUCAUGCUCUUAAGCUUUUUGAAGAGAUGCUAUGCCGUGGGAUCCAAGUCGAUAAUAUAGGAUUAUCAAAUGCAAUCAGCGCAUGUGCAGGCAUUCAGGCACUCUACCAAGGUCGGCAAAUUCAUGCUCAGUCAUGCAUUCUUGGUUACUCAGAUGAUCUUUCAAUCCGGAAUGCUCUUGUGAGCCUUUAUGCUAGAUGUGGAAGACUUCAAGACGCUUAUCAGGCAUUUGAGAAAAUUGAUGAGAAAGAUAUCAUAUCAUGGAAUUCAUUAAUUUCAGGUUUUUCACAAAGUGGACAUUUUGAAGAUGCAUUUAGGAUAUACACUCGGAUGAAUGAAGCAGGUAUAGAAGCUGAUCUGUUUUCUUACACCUCCUCAAUAAGUGCUGCUGCUAAUAUAGCAAAUGUUACACAAGGGAAGCAGAUACAAGCUAAGUUAUUUAAAACUGGAUACAACUUGGAAACUGAGGCAUCGAAUGCUUUAAUCACUCUCUAUGCAAAGUGUGGGUGUCUAGAUGAUGCCAGGAAAGUUCUCUCUGAAAUGAUUGACAGAAAUGACGUUACCUGGAAUGCAAUUAUUACAGGAUAUUCACAGCAUGGUUGUGGGGAAGAAGUCCUAGAAAUCUUUGAUGAGAUGAAAAGAGUUGGUGUGGCACCAAACCAUGUCACAUUUGUGGGAGUAUUAUCAGCAUGCAGCCAUGUAGGGUUAGUAGAACAGGGACUGAGUUACUUCGAGUCCAUGACCAAAGAAUACAAUUUGUUGCCCAAAAUAGAACAUUAUGUUUGUGUUGUUGAUAUUCUUAGUCGGGCUGGUUAUCUAAGCCGUGCUAAAAAGUUUAUAGAAGAUAUGCAAUUUGAACCGGAUGCAAGGAUUUGGAGAAGUCUUUUGAGUGCUUGUAUUGUUCACAAGAACAAAGAAAUUGGAGAGUUUGCUGCUGGCCAUUUGUUAGAGUUAGAACCCAAUGACUCUGCAACCUAUGCUCUCAUGUCAAAUAUGUAUGCAGUGACAAAGAAUUUCUCCUGCAUGAAUGAAUCCAGAAAAUUGAUGAAAGAAAGAGGUGUAAAGAAGGAGCCAGGUCGUAGCUGGAUCGAAGUUAAAAAUACCAUUCAUGCCUUUUAUGCUGGUGAUAAUCUUCAUCCUUUGGCAAAGAAGAUAUCUGAUUUCUUGGUAGAAUUGGAUGAGAGUGUAGCUGAUAUUGGUUACAUUCAAGAUCAGUACAGCCUUCUGGUUGAUAAAGAGAAGAAUCAGACAGUAAAUAUUCAUAGUGAAAGACUUGCUAUUGCUUUUGGACUGAUAAGCUCAUCAUCAAGCUCAGUCCCUCUCCGUGUAAUGAAAAAUCUCCGUGUAUGUAUUGAUUGCCAUAAUUGGAUCAAGUGUGUAUCUAAGAUCUCAAACCGGACAAUUAUCGUGAGAGAUGCAUAUAGAUUUCAUCAUUUUGAGGGUGGUUCAUGUUCAUGUAGGGAUUAUUGGUAAGUGAAUUACUUGGAAUAUGUACAUGGAACAUGAUUCUGUGUUUGUCUGGAGACACACAUAUAUAUGUUUAAUAAGAAGCCCAAGGAAGAAAGCAUCAGUCCAUUUCAGUGCGAAAAGCAAUUACGAUCGAGAGGGUGAACAUCAGCUGGUUAUCUUCAUCUGACAUGAGUUACUAUGGACCAUGAAGCUCAACUUUCAGCUGGUUAAUUUGCAGAAGAAUCAGAGAUUCCAGUUGCAGAAACUGAUGCACAAACAGGGUAUAUAAAUCAAUUAUGAAGUUAAUAUUCACUUUAUUUGGAGCAUGUUAGAAUGAGAUUUAGGAGCUGGUAUUAGGUUAACAUCAGUUUCAGAUGCACCAAGUUGAACUCAUGUCCAGGUGCAGAACAGAAAAUCUUGCAGCAAACAAAAGAAGCCACUUUUGACAAUUCGCCAAUUAAUCUUGUCAUAUUCACCACUAAUCCAGAAUUGUAAGCUUAAUUCAUUGUAAAUUAAAAUAAUAUGCAGUAAUUAAACAGUUUUUGUGUAUCUUUUUAACUAAUUUAUAAACCAACAGACCUGGAAAAACAGAA